AUGGAUAAGAACUUUGAAGAAGAACAGUUUACAGGAAUUAUUAAAUUUACACCUCCUUUGUACAAACAACGCUACCAGUUCGUGAAAGAUCUAGUGAGGAAAUACAAGCCUAAGAAGGUGGCAGAUUUAGGAUGUGCUGACUGCACGCUUCUCUGGAUGUUGAAGUUCUGCAGUUGCAUCGAAGUGUUAGCUGGGCUGGAUACCUGUGCAAAUGUCAUGAAAGAGAAAAUGCAUAGAUUGUCUCCUCUUCCUGUUGAUUAUUUGCAACCAUCUGAAAGAUCCUUAACUGUUACCUUGCUUCAUGGUUCAGUUGCCCACAAAGAUCCUUGCAUGCUUGGUUUUGACUUGGUAACGUGUAUUGAACUAAUAGAGCACCUGGAAGAAUCAGAACUAAAGAAGUUCCCUGAAGUGGUGUUUGGUUUCAUGGCUCCAAGCAUAGUAGUGAUCAGUACUCCGAAUUCUGAAUUUAACCCUUUGCUCCCGGGAGUGGCUUUAUUCAGGGAUCCAGACCACAAAUUUGAAUGGAGCCGAGUGCAGUUUCAAAGCUGGGCUCUAGAGGCUGCUAGACGCUAUGGUUACUCGGUGGAAUUUACUGGUGUAGGGCACCCCCCAACAGGAAUGGAGAACGUUGGGUUUUGUACCCAAAUAGGUGUAUUCGUUAGAAAAUAUCCUCAAACCACUGAAUUUACUCAAUCUGAGAAACCCACUGAAGCAGUUUAUAAAACGGUCUUCAAAGCAGUCUAUCCAAGUCUUAAAGAUGAGAAGUACCUGUGGAAUGCAGUGGUUGGUGAAGUUAUUUUUACAGCUCAAAUAAUUAAGCGAAGUCUGCUGGACCGUUUACUGCCACAGCAUAAGGAGUACAAUGACGAUCUCCCUGAGAGAAAAUCUGAAUUCCGACCUCAAGUGAAAUGUUUUUCAGAAGAUCUUGAACGACUCCUUGCUGAAAAAAGCACAAAACCAUUUGUCAAUGGAAAUAUGGUUUAUAUACCUCUUGCAACGGUCUUUUCUUUUCCCAAAGUGAAUCAGCUUUGUGGUACGCUUGAGAAAUUACGGCAGCUUAUUGCAGGUGAGGUCGUGCUGAGCAGUGAUGGUUCUGCUGUGGUGUUCAAUAUUGAACAUGAGAAUGAAGAGAAUUAG